AUGAAAGCCUCAGCAAAUAUGAGGCUAUAUGAUUUCAAGGAAGUUGGAAGGUCUAUACCAAAGAACAUUCUCAAAAGUGAGAAGUUUUAAAAGCCCCCUCUCCCUCCCCUUAGAAGUAAGAAGACUUAAGAUGAAGUUGAGAACAACGAUAGGAAUUUGCCAGAAAUCUAGUAAUCAAUUAGUGUGUAAAAUAAAGAGACGAAUAUGUCUACCCUGAAUCCAGAGUAGACAGAUAAAAAUAUAUAAGAUUAGUAAAAAAUAGUCAAGCAAAUGGAAAUCAUUCAACAAUAAAUGAAUAAUCAAAGUACUAGUUUCAAAAGACGAUUUCCCAAGAAUGUUAAAACUGGGGAAGAGGACAUUUGGCAAGCAUUAUCAAAGCAUUAGAUGGAAGUAGUUAACAAAAACUAUCACGAUUAGUAGUAGAGGAAAGUUAAAAACUAAUAGUUGUACAAAUUGGAGCUAGAUAGGUAAAUUGAGAUAAAGAAGAGAGCAAAUAGCGCAUAAAAUAUAAGAAAAGAAGCUAGGCAGUAUUCUGAAGGAGUUACUUUAAAUAAAAAUAAUGAAAUAUUGCAAAGUACUAUGCAGCCAUCAGAGAGCUAAUGCCCUGAUCCAAACAAUCAACAAAACAGGCUGAAUUAGAUCAAUGAUUAAACCAAAUAAGAGGAUGAACUGGCUAAGUUUGGAUUUAAAAGAGAACCAAUUGAUAUAGACAUGAUCAGAAAGUAACUAAUAAAGGAUAAGCUUAAUAAAUUUACCAAGUAAAAAAUCUAGAAAGCCGUUUUAGAUUAGCAAUUGAAGGAGAUUCGGCAAAGAAAUUAGCAGCAAGAUAUAGCUCUUCAGAAAUCUCCUUUAAUUUAAAGACAUAAUAAGAGUUAGAUUAUUGAUUAGAAGUCAGAACUGAUAAUUGAUCCUAAUGUGACUGAAGAACUUGAUGCAAAGCACAAUAUAAGAAAUAUACAUAGCUCAUCUAUGACUCGCAAAUAUCAGAUUCAGCAGCAGUAUCUGAGCGCUAUAUAUGAACUGAACAAGCAGAAAUACAAUCAUAACAGAGUCAUCCAGAUGAAAAAGUACCAUGCAGACCUGGAUCUAUAAGUCUAAUAAAGGAAAAAAACAAAAGAUGCUGCCCUUGAUGAACUUGAAAAAUUCAACUAUUAUGACCUUAUGGCUUAUCGGAACUAAGAUUAAAAACUCUAUUCUAAAAUUAUUGGGAUGGAGGACCUAUAACUUAAGGAUAGAUAUUAGAAAUAAAUGGAGAGAGAACUCUUUUAGAUGGAUUACAUGCAGAAUAUCAAUGAUAAGAGCAUGCAAAGUUUAUUACCCUAUGCAAAUAAUCCCAAUUCAAAUAAUCUCACAUCACUUCAAUUGUGA